AAUCCGUUUGUGGUGGAUUGCUACAGUAAUCCUACAGCAGUCUGGACGAUAUAUUUGAUCACGACUAAAACCCAAAAUUGGAGGCCUGGAUCAGAUUAGGUACAGCCAAGAAGAAGCAGAUGAAAUUAAGACAUGAAUUGAGCUGCGGUGUGUAAACCAGAGAAAACAGAGAUCGGUUGGAAACCUUUUCCUGGACCGGAGCAGUCUGUUCAUCUGACAGAUAAUUUGACAGCAGUUGGUUUACUAGCUACCUCUGGCUCGACAAGGCAGGAAGAAAGCUUUCAUUUAGUGGUUAAAGUGCCCCCCCCUCCCCCUCCCUCCCCACAUCUAGCUAGCUAAAUUACGUUCCUGCCCAGUUGAUCUGCACUUCCCUAGUCUGCUAACCCACUGCCGGAGAGGACGGCUGCGGAUCCAGAGGUGCUGUUGGAGGUAGCUAGCUAGCACGGCUAGUUCAUUUCACUAGCUAGCCUGCUAGCUACGCCUUGGAAUUCACACCAUUAGCUAACUGGUUCCUCCUGGGGCAGAUACGCCGAGAUGUCGGUGACGAAAGACCAAACACCAACCAAACUGUCCACCACCGAUCGGCCCAUUAAAGCGGUGCCCUACCCCCCUGGCUCCAAGCUGACGGUAAAGGACCUGUAUGUAGACGGGAAGCCCAGUGUUGAGGUGCUCAAGACCCAUCUUGUUAAGGAGGGCCGUCUGGAGGAGGAAGCAGCUCUUCGCAUCAUCACUGAUGGAGCCAACAUCCUGCGACAAGAGAAAUGCAUGCUGGAGGUGGAAGCACCUAUAACAGUGUGUGGGGAUGUCCAUGGCCAGUUCUUUGACCUGAUGAAGCUGUUUGAGGUGGGCGGCUCGCCCAGCAGCACCCGCUACCUGUUCCUGGGGGACUAUGUUGAUCGAGGAUACUUCAGCAUCGAGUGUGUGUUGUUCCUGUGGACUCUGAAGAUCAACCACCCCACCACUCUGUUCCUACUCAGAGGAAACCAUGAGUGCCGGCAUCUCACAGAGUACUUCACCUUUAAACAGGAGUGUAAGAUAAAGUACUCUGAGCGUGUGUAUGAUGCCUGUAUGGAGGCGUUUGACUGCCUUCCCCUGGCUGCGCUCCUCAACCAGCAGUUCCUGUGUGUCCACGGAGGCCUGAGCCCCGAAAUCACCUGCCUGGACGACAUACGCAAGCUGGACCGGUUUAAGGAGCCCCCUGCGUUCGGACCCAUGUGUGACCUGCUGUGGUCAGACCCUGGAGAAGACUACGGCUCUGAGAAGACCCAGGAACACUUUGCUCAUAACUCAGUUCGAGGCUGCUCCUACUUCUACAGUUACCCAGCAGUAUGUGACUUUCUGAUGAACAAUAAUCUGCUGUCAGUAAUAAGAGCACAUGAAGCCCAGGACGCUGGGUAUAGAAUGUACAGGAAAAGCCAGACGACGGGUUUUCCUUCUCUGAUCACGAUAUUCUCUGCUCCGAAUUACCUGGACGUGUACAACAACAAAGCGGCGGUGCUGAAGUAUGAGAACAACGUGAUGAACAUCCGUCAGUUCAACUGCUCCCCACACCCCUACUGGCUGCCCAACUUCAUGGACGUCUUCACCUGGUCGCUGCCCUUCGUCGGCGAGAAGGUGACAGAGAUGCUGGUUAACGUGCUCAACAUCUGCUCUGAUGACGAGCUCAUGUCUGAAGGAGACGACACCUGCGAGGCUGGAACUUCUGCUGUGAGGAAGGAGGUAAUCAGGAAUAAGAUCCGAGCGAUCGGGAAGAUGGCCCGUGUCUUUUCUGUGCUCAGAGAGGAGAAUGAGAGUGUUUUACAGCUGAAGGGGCUGACCCCCACUGGGGCCUUGCCUGUGGGAGUUCUGUCUGGAGGACGGCAGACCCUGGAGAGCGCUACCGUACAGGCAGAAGAGGCACGAGCUAUCCAAGGGUUCAACCCGCAGCAUAAGAUCCAGUCCUUUGAGGAGGCCCGAGGUCUGGACAGGGUCAAUGAACGGAUGCCCCCUCGCCAAGAUGCUCCUCCCCCUCCCAACAACCUCCCAGCCAGUGGCCCACCUAACAAGAACGGGACCAACACACAGGCCUAGGCAUCUGGCCCACCUCCCUCUGUAUCCCUCCCUCCCGCUCAAAUUUUUCCCUCUCGACUCCCGCUCUCCCUCCGUAUCCCUCCCCCCGCUCUCCCUCCGUAUCCCUCCCUCUCCCUCCGUAUCCCUCCCUCCCUCCCUCCGUAUCCCUCCCUCCCUCCCUCCGGAUCCCUCCCUCCUCCGUAUCCCUCCCGCUCUCCCUCCGGAUCCCUCCCUCCCUCCCGCUCUCCCUCCGUAUCCCUCCCUCCCGCUCCCUCCGUAUCCCUCCCUCCCUCCCGCUCUCCCUCCGUAUCCCUCCCUCCCUCCCGCUCUCCCUCCGUAUCCCUCCCUCCCUCCGUAUCCCUCCCUCCCGCUCUCCCUCCGUAUCCCUCCCUCCCUCCCGCUCUCCCUCCGUAUCCCUCCCUCCCUCCCGCUCUCCCUCCGUAUCCCUCCCUCCCUCCCGCUCUCCCUCCGUAUCCCUCUCUCCCUCCCUCCCGCUCUCCGUAUCCCUCUCUCCCUCCCUCCCGCUCUCCGUAUCCCUCUCUCCCGCUCUCCGUAUCCCUCUCUCUCCCCUCCCUCCCUCCCGCUCUCCGUAUCCCUCUCCCUCCCUCCCGCUCUCCGUAUCCCUCUCUCCCUCCCUCCCGCUCUCCGUAUCCCUCUCUCCCUCCCUCCCGCUCUCCGUAUCCCUCUCUCCCUCCCUCCCGCUCUCCGUAUCCCUCUCUCCCUCCCGCUCUCGUAUCCCUCUCUCCCUCCCGCUCUCCGUAUCCCUCUCUCCCUCCCUC